UUUUAUUAGACCGUUGUGAAAUCAAAUUCUUUUUUAUAAGCUAGACAAAAACUCUGCGACGAAGAAAAACAGAACAAAGCUUCUUCAGUUUCAUCAACAAUGGCAGGGGCUAACGGAAGCUCUCUGUCGCAAACCUUCCAACAAAAACAAACCCUCGACUGUCUCUUCACUUCCCUCGAUCCCAAAUCUCUGAUCCUCUCCCAAUUCGGGAACGAUCAAAAACCCAAUCUUCUCCAACUCACAACAGAGAGCUUCGUCAUGGAGAGAGGACCCAGGUACAAAGCCUACGCCGAGUUGAGGGAAUCAAAUCUGAGAAAGAAGAACAUCGGACAACAACAAACCAAAGAACACGAAUCGAAUCUAUCUCCACCGAAGAAACAAGUCAAAAUUCAGGGCAACUUUCCGGCAACACCACCGAAUAAGCGAAGAGGGUCCUCUGUUGUGGCUCAAUCGGUGCCCGAUUUCUCGGCGGCAUUGAGGAAAGAGAACAGGAAGCCGGCGAGUAUGUUGCCACCGUUGAUGGAGAAGUCGUUGACGCCUCCGGCGGUGAAGAACUCGAAGCUAUAUGGGUUGAAAUCGGGGGGAGGGAGUAAGUCUGCAAAUUUGGGGGAGAAGAGGAAUGGUGGAUUGAUGGGAAGGAAGAGCUAUGCGAGUAUGGAGGAAUUGAAGGGGUUGUCAUCGGCUGCUGCGAAUGCAAUUAAUGGAGAAAACAGGGGAGGGAGAGGUGGAAGAGGGGUUGCCAAGACUGUUCUGGGUUACAGACAGUACUGAAUUUCAUUGUUUGGUUCCAUCUUCAAAUUUGUUAAAGAUUUUCUGUUUUAUUAUCAUUAUUAUUUUUUUGGGAUUGAAUUUGAUUCUUUUAUUUUUGUUUUGAGUUCUCAGAGAGCGUUUAUGAGAUCUCUGUUUUCGGGUUUCCUUCAGAUUGUAAAGCUUUCAUUUGAGUCUGAUAAUAAUAGUAUACAGAAGUUGUUUUAUGCUCUGCUUUUCUAA